AUGUCUCUCAAGCAAACCGGUGGCUUCUCCUGCAGGUGGCUGACUUUCUGGAUAGCUCUGUCCAUUGUGGAAGGUAAGUCUUCUGUGGUUUGUGAUAUUUUUUCAGUUGUAAUUCAGAAUUCAAGAGCAGUGCUGUCUAGGUUUGUCAUUGCUUUUCUCCCAAGAAGCAGGCGUCUUUUAAUUUCGUGGCUGCUGUCACCAUCUGCAGUGAUCAUGGAGCCCAAGAAAGUAAAAUCUCUCACUGCCUCCAUUUCUUCGCAGAUAUUAAACAGUCAAAUAUCAGUAGUUACAGGUAGGUAGCCGUGUUGGUCUGCCGUAGUCGAAACAAAAUAAAAAAAUUCCUUCCAGUAGCACCUUAGAGACCAACUAAGUUUGUUAUUGGUAUGAGCUUUCGUGUUUUGCAUGCACACGAAAGCUCAUACCAAUAACAAACAUUGUUGGUCUCUAAGGUGCUACUGGAAGGAAUUUUUUUAUUUUGUGUCAAAUAUCAGGUUGUUGUAGGGAAGGGGCAGUUUUGUGGUGUUAACAUGUGAAGAUAGUAUCUGUCUCAUUUGAGAGAUCUUUCAAGUUCAAGUUCAAGUUUAUUGCGGCCAAAGCCAGUGACACUAAACACCAUAAGAUCAGACAACAAGAAAUCAGCAACAACUUCAGAAAAGAAAAAAGGUUACACAAGAGAACUUCACAGUGUGCCAUUCAACAGAAGAGAUUUACGCUUCUUAAUUACUAAAGUGCAAUAUUUAGCCACCUCAUAUGAUACUGAGCUUGAGGAAUCUUCCAGGAGGUAUUUUCGAAGAGUUUCAGGGAGGAUUCCAAAUAAUAUUGAAGGGGUAUAAAUUUUGAUAGAAGCGGUAAAAUAAGUUGAACUCGUUCUUCACUAUAGAAUUCGCAAGAUAGAAGAAUGUGUGUGACAGAUUCUACCUUAUUAGACAUACAAGGGCAGAGACGCGCCUGCAUUGGAACUCGCGUGAAUUUGCCGUACAGCACUGCUGAGGGCAUUGUCUCAAAGCGGGCUCUAGAGAAAGCCCAGUUGAGAGAUCUUUAAAGCUGGCCUAGUUUGUUUGGAGCUUAUUACAUAGGCAAUUCUAGUAAAUGUUGAGGUGUUGCUUGUGGGGAAAACACUACAAAAAUUUAGAAAUGAAGGACACUUUGUCUACUCAUUUAUAUAAGUGUUGAUAUAGUCCCUCAAUUCAUAAUGUAUAACAAGGUGGUGUACUGACACAUAUACAAUAAAAGCACGACACCAUUUAAAAAACAGUAUAAAAUGGUAUUUAAGAGACUGGCUAACCCAAAGCAUUUAAAAAUGUGCUCAAGAGACAAAGACCAAAAGCAAGAACGCUUGCCAAAUCUUUGUUUGAUUUAAAUAAAGAAUCUUCUGCCAAGGAGUCCAGGACAACGUCCUUUGGGUUUUCUCAUUUUUAUUAUUUAGACAGAGCAUGUGUGUGAGUGUGACUGGACCAAGGUCACACUGUGAGCACGAGGCUGAGCAGGAUUCAAACACAGGUCCUUCCCCGCCCAUGCCUGUACUCACUGUGUCACACUGGCUUUUCAUGUGCUUAAUAUGGAAAUAGAUGUUUGCAAUGGAUCUCAAGAAAUGACAGUGGCACAUAGAUAGCUGCACAAAAUGGCAUAUGAGUCUGGGACUAAGAGCAAAACUUGAUGAAGUGUUCAUUGUGUGAAAGCCGAGACAAUCUCUGGGCUCAACUUAUUGCCCCUGCCAUGACCCUGACAAAAACUGGCUCCCCAAAACUAUCUACAUUUCUAUAGCAGCUCCCAUCGGCACCAGUGGAGACUUCCCUAAAACUGGAAAUAGCAGCCUGGGGAAGAUGGUUUUUAUCCCCUUCCCCACCUCUCUAGUCCUAAGGCUGCUCAGGCUUCCUCACAGCUGCUAUUUACGUAACAUGUGUAUACUAUUUAUUUACCACAGUAUUUCAAAUGUAUAACCCACCCUUCCUGCCCAAAGGGAGCCCAGUGCAUUUCAUGGCCAUAAAAUCACAUAAAAGCAAUUUAAAGCAGUACAGUAACAUAUUGCAGACAACAGUUAAAACGAGCAGCGCAAAAAACUUAAUACGGCUUGCAGCCAAAAUACAUUCAUGCAAUUUACCUCAUGCCUCAGUUUGCCGUAAGUAUAUUCAAAAUGGCAUUCUAAACAGAUCUGGUCCCAUAGAAGUUUACUGAUGGAUGCAUGAAUUUGGGUGUUUCUGUUGUCACCUGGUCACCCUCAGAGCAGCUACAGGUGCUGUUCAUAAUCAGCCUAUUAUUUUUCUUAAAGGAUGUUAGUUUCCCAGGUAUUUACACUCUGUGCAUCAAAGCUCAUUCCUCAAAGUUUCAAACAACAAAAUUGGUGUGCUUCGCUGAUUCAGGCAAAUCCACAUUAUUUAAUGCAUUUGACGUGAGCUUGCUUCAAGGAUGUAAAUUUUAAAUGCUCCUGACAUCUUUCUUUCUAGAUUUUGGCACAUAAUUUUUAUCCACAUAAUUAUAAUUGAGUGUUACUUCCAUGGGCUGGUGAAUAGCAGGUUAUACCCAACUACCGUGGCACCAGGAGUCUGUAUUUAGCAUGAAGUGCAGCUGAGCGACUUAAAUACAAAUUCCACAAAGAAAACAGAUACUGAAGCACUAUAGAAAUGUGGGUAGCUUUGGAGAGACAGUUUUUGUCCUUUGCCCGAAAGCUAUAUUCUGUAAUGUACCAUCUUCUAUGAAAACGCUGUAGCAGAAUGGACAAUGUGAUCACAAGGCACAUGUUCCCUUUGAAAUACCGGGAUGAAGGGAUUAGAGCAGCCUUUCUCAACCUGUGGGUCCCCAGGCGUUGAACUACAACUCCCAUCACCCCUAGCUAGCAAGGCCAGAGCUCAGGGAUGAUGGGAGUUGUAGUCCAACAACAUCUGGGGGCCCACAGGUUGAGAACCACAGGAUUAGAGCAUCCACCGCAAUUCUAUGCAGGCUAGACACCUAAUUGCUCCUCACAUAGCUCAGUUCUUAAUCUGAGAGCACCAGAAACACAGGGGUGUAACCAGGAUUUUUGGAGGGGCGGCAGAACCUGUUACCUAUUGAUUUUGGGGGGGGUAGAUGCCCCUCACUGUCCCCCCAGCUAUGCCCAUGCUUCUGCGUGUGGUAAAUUUUGCAAGGCAGCCGCUUCUGGUGACAGCCCUUACCCUGAAGAGAGUCAAUAGCCAGACUCCUAUAGAGAAUUUGUAAAUGCAUGAAUUGCCAUGUAGACAGUGUUAGUAUGUUCAGUUCAGUUCCUAAGUUUAUUGUUCCAGCCAAAGGCAUGGGCAAACUUGUAGCAAUAGUCUUCAUAAAAUAAUACAGAACAUACUGUACAUCCAUAAUGUAAGUCGACAUCCAUCAGCUAGCUACUGUCUGAAGCUAGCCUACCUAAAAAAAAAAAAGCAUCAUGUUUGCAGCCCAGGUCUGUCCUCUUUGCUCCCAGACUUACAACACUCUUGCAGAUAAAUGGAAUUUCUGUUCCUGCUGGGGGGCAAAUACUGGGACAGCACAAUUCCUGCCUCAUUGAACCACUGUGUAUGACUGAGAUGCAGACACCUCUUCCUCCUUGUAGAGCAUGGGUAGGCAAACUAAGGCCCAGGGGCCAGAUCCGGCCCAAUCGCCUUCUAAAUCCGGCCCGCGGACGGUCCGGGAAUCAGCGUGUUUUUACAUUAGAAUGUGUCCUUUUAUUUAAAAUGCAUCUCUGGGUUAUUUGUGGGGCCUGCCUGGUGUUUUUACAUGAGUAGAAUGUGUGCUUCUGUUUAAAAUGCAUCUCUGGGUUAUUUGCGGGGCAUAGGAAUUUGUUCAUUUCCACCAAAAAAAUAUAGUCCGACCCCCUACAAGGUCUGAGGGACGGUGGACCGGCCCCCUGCUGAAAAAGUUUGCUGACCCCUGUUGUAGAGUCUGAGGCUAAAAGCACUGGCAAAAUGGGCACGUCAUGGUGUCUGUGUGCUUUUCCUGGCACAGUAAACUAGUGUAGGCUCUAAUCUUUCUAGGAAAAUAUUCAAGUCUUUUCUCUGGUGAAGAAAACCAGGAUGUCACGGUUGAGCUGGCCACGGCAGAUGAUGAGAGCAUUGACAAUACUGAGUUCCCAGUGGAAUGUGGACCAAGAAGUAAGUAUGAGAAUGAAAUAAGGAAAAGGUGUGGAUGUCCUUUACAGGCCAACAGCAAGCACUUCGGGGAAAUUAUAGGCUAAGUCUACCCUAAAGACUAUGAGGGACACGGGUGGCGCUGUGGGUUAAACCACAGAGCCUAGGACUUGCCGAUCAGAAGGUCAGCGGUUCGAAUCCCUGCAACGGCUACGACUGGACCUAAUGGUCAGGGGUCCCUUUACCUUUACCCUACAGACUGCACAGGCUAAGUCUAUUCUGGAAUACAGUUACUCCAGAAUACAAACUGUAACACGGUAUAUGGAUAGUCUUCACUUUUAUUACGUUACAGAGAGAGCAAAUUGUCUAGACGGUGGAAGAAGCAAAACCACUGAAAAAAUGUUUUCACAAUACAGUGGUACCUUGGGUUACAUACGCUUCAGGUUACAUACGCUUCAGGAUACAGACUCCGCUAAUCCAGAAAUAGUACCUCGGGUUAAGAAUUUGCUUAAGGAUGAGAACAGAAAUUGUGCUCCGGCGGAGUGGCGGCAGUGGGAGGCCCCAUUAGCUAAAGUGGUGCUUCAGGUUAAGAACAGUUUAAUCCUGUAAUCCUGUAUAUGCUUAGGUAAAGGUAAAGGGACCCCUGACCGUUAGGUCCAGUCGCAGACGACUCUGGGGUUGCGGUGCUCAUCUUGCUUUACUGGCCGAGGGAACCGGCGUACAGCUUCCGGGUCAUGUGGCCAGCAUGACUAAGCCACUUCUGGCGAACCAGAGCAGCACACGGAAACGCCGUUUACCUUCCCGCCAGAGCGGUACCUAUUUAUCUACUUGCACUUUGACGUGCUUUUGUACUGCUAGGUUGGCAGGAGCAGGGACUGAGCAAUGGCAGCUCACCCCGUCAUGGGGAUUCGAACCGCCAACCUUCUGAUCAGCAAGCCCUAGGCUCUGUGGUUUAGACCACAGUGCCACCCGCAUAAUAUAAUAUAAUAUAAUAUAAUAAUAUAAUAUAAUAUAAUCUAUCUGUUGUUAGCGCAAUCUGCAAGAAAUGUUCAAAUAGUAUCCGACUUUCCUAACUAACUCCAUUUCCAACAGGGCUGACAAAACGGUCCAGCGCCUUUGGUGUGCCGCGGCUCAGCAGGCUGGACAGGGAGGAAACCGACUGCCACAUUUUACCCUUAACAACACCAACAUCGCCGACCACCAAAGCAAGAACCACAACCCCAAAAACCAGGAAGGCGAAUACUCACCGUAUUGUGGCGGCAGCGGCCGCACCUCGGCUGAUAUAUUGGAGGCCUUUUUACCUACCCAGACAGCCCACUUUCUAUCGUGCUUUCGUUCCCUUUAACAGACAUGCCCGUCAUUGGAAUGGCAAAUCCGUCAUUGGAAUGCCCUUGUGGAAUGGCAAAUCCCAAAGUGAGGACUCCUCGGAAGAGAAGUGA